AUGGAGGAAAAAGGACUCAGUCCAGUGGGGCAGCUCCCACCGCCGGCCGCCUCCAGCAAGCCGCUGACGCCCUUCAGCAUCGAGGACAUCCUCAACAAGCCGUGUGCGAAGAGGAGCCGGCCGCUCCCGACGUCUCAGCGGGAGAGCAGCCCGUCCGAGCGGCCGCUGCUGGGCCUGAGCUCCCCGCUGUGCGCGCUGGAGGAGCUGGCCAGCAAAACCUUCCGGGGCCUGGAGGUCAGCGUCCUGCAGGCUGCAGAGGGCCGGGACGGUCAGGGCCUUUUCGGACAGAGGAACGCCCCUAAAAAGCGCCGGAAGUCCCGGACGGCCUUCACCAACCAUCAGAUCUACGAGUUGGAGAAACGCUUCCUGUUCCAGAAGUAUCUGAGCCCGGCGGACCGGGACCAGCUGGCCCAGCACCUGAACCUGACCAACGCGCAGGUCAUCACCUGGUUCCAGAACAGGCGGGCCAAGCUCAAGCGGGACCUGGAGGAAAUGAAGGCCGACGUGCAGUCCGCCAGAGCCGCUGGAGCUGUGGCCUUUGAGAAGCUCUCCAAGCUGGCGGAGCUGGAGAAGUGCGCGGCCGAAGGUCUGGGCCUGGUGGGGCGGUCCGGAGGACCGGAGCAGAGGUUCGGCAGGACUGAAGGAGACCUCAGCAGGCCGCAUGCGUCUCCUACUCUUCCUUCUACCACGCUGCCGCGGGACAGAGACGGACCGAUCAGCAGGUGCGGUUCGGAGGAUGAUGAUGAUGAGGAGGAGGAAGAGGAAGAGGAAGAGGAGGAGGAGAUCGAUGUGGGUGACUGAAGCAUCCCACGUAGUGUGGAGUGACUGUAUUGGUUUCUCUACUUUAACUCAAUUACACUAAUGAACGUGGUUGACUGAAUAUGAAGGUAUUUUUUGGUGCUAACGUAUUUUUGGCUUGGAACUGAGAUGUUGGAAAGAAAAAUCUUGUUAGAGCUAUGUAAUUGUAGAUUUUAUUUGUAGUACAAAGUACAAAACAACAAUUACACCUCUUCAGAUUCAAAUUCUUAAGUACAAGAUGCAAAUUGUAUUUUUGACCCACGCUUACAAAUAAAAAAAGGUCUUGGGUUGCUGUGUUGGCACAGGGGUUAAGGAUAACCCACCUAGGCCUCAGUCCUCCAUGCAGCUGUUGCAGGUUUGAUUCCCAACCUGGUGACCUUUGCCCUAUGUCUUUCUCCUUCUGUCAUUACCCACCUUCUGGUCAAUUCACUGUCAAAUAAAGGCCACUAGAGCCAAUAAAACCCUUAAAAAAAAUCUUGCAUCUAUAAAUUUGCCCAAAUGGUGUAAAACAAAUCCACAUACCUGUGUCAGAAAAAUAUAUUUGUUUCAAUCACUCAGACACAAAACUACUGCUACACUGAACAGAUUCCUCCAUAUGGGUCACAGAUUCAGUUCUACAAGUCACAAAUACAAAUGUCCUGCUGUGAUGUUUUUUGCUGCCCAGUAAAUUAUAAAACUCCUUCACUGAGCCUGUAAAAUAGCUCAGAACCAUAAAGAGUUUUGUAUUUCACAGAAUCAGUAUGAGUUUUAUAAACAUGGCAAAUCCAUCCAUAGACCAAAUUAAUAAAGAUAUCAUUUUUAAUACAUUUAAGAAGAUGAAACGGUGUCAUGUAGCCUAUUGAAAUGUCCAUUUAGCAAAAAACAUUUUGUGAACAGCUUCCAAAGAGCCUGCAUAAGAAAGUAAGAUUUCAAAAACACAAUCUGGGUUAGAGAAGAGAGGGGGAAGAGAUGGUCAUCAGGACGGGAUUCGAACCUGCAUUGGCCG